AUGCUGUGCAUGCAAGGAAGAUACACCAAAGGUAAUCUGCUAGGUAUAUCACUUGUGCGGACAAUUACGAUCCAACAACCGGCCACCACAAACAUUGCCCAUCUGACCUCUUUGGAGCAUGCUGAAAAAAGUGUUGCUGCAGCUCCGGCCCUAUUGAAAAGAGAAGAGAUUGAUGGCCUUGACCAUCCCGUCUUUAAGACGGUGGGUACACCGGCCUCGUCUUUAUCGGUGAGUGUUCCACCUUCAGUCCCUGUUCACGUCAAAAAGGGCUCUGUUAUCAGCGUGUACUCAUUUUCCAAACAUGGCAGUGAGAAGCUUCUCCAAAGCAAAUGGGAAAUAACAGAACCUGUGCGUUCCCUAAUAUCCAGUGGUAGGAUCUCGAGCUUCCAGAGGUUAAUUGGUACUGUACCGAUCCAUUUGUUAGUGAGUGCGUAUAGUGACAUCAGUAGAGGGAGAUUCAGCAAGGGUGUUAAGAGUUUUGUCAGUUUGUCACUUGAUGGUUCAUACGACUGGGUUGUUUUCCAACCCAAUGCAUUGCAGUGUUAUGCGGGUAAUUCUCUUAAUGUGAGAGUCCGAACAUUGCCUAAGGAUCUUCAAUAUGGGUUUAAGAAUCGGGGAUUCACAUGGUUGAAUGGCCGUGGUAUUGCCGGGAUUGUUGGUAAUGGGAACGUUUUCAAUGUUACCCUUGGGAUUGACGAGGAAAUCAGAAUUGCCAGGGAUAGCAUGCUUGCCAUAACUGUGGGAGAGUUGAAUGAGCUAAGAAAUGGCAGUCUAAAAUCCGAGAAAUGGGAUUCUGUUGAUGGGUUAUUCCAUAAAAGUGGAGAGUCCAAUGACAAAGCGAAUGCUCCAGCAAAGGAGAUGACAAUUACGAGAAACGAAUACGUUGAUAAACUAAUCAACUCUGCAUGGGAAUUACUAAAGCUCACCGGAGUGUCAUUAAAAGCCGGCGCAGAGAAGGCCAGAAACUAUGUUUUCGGGAAUGGCGAUUAUGUUGUUGUCAAAGGCCCUAGAACCGUAUUGAUAAGUACCGGGAGUGGUAGCGACCAGUUUGUAAUGCCAUCUUUUGAAAGUGAUGCCAUCAGGACGUUGGAGGAUGCUGUUACUAGGGAACAGGAAUUACGGACACCCAAAGCACACACAGGCGACAACUUAGGUGUUCUUCGGAUAGUAGAUGGGAAGGCUAUUUACAAGAACGUGGCCAAUUUUGACGAUGAAGUAAAACGAAUCGAGAGCCUCAAGAAGAAAUAG